AAUUUGCUUAAAGCAAAGUCAGUCAUCAGAUGGCCGUAGCGGAGUUGUAUACAGUCCCCUGAUGAAGUCGGAAGAAUUCAAAGAAGAGCACGAGAAAUCUAAUAAAAGAAAUUUCGUCCACCCCAGCCCAAGAAUGCCGAACAUAAAAGUAUUUACUGGCUCUUCGCAUCCUGAUAUCGCACAAAAAAUAUCUUCUAGACUUGGACUUAAUUUAGGAAAGGCGAUUACAAAGAAAUUUAGCAACAAAGAAACAAAUGUGGAAAUUGGAGAAUCUGUAAGAGGCGAAGAUGUUUAUAUUGUUCAAAGUGGAUCUGGCGAGAUCAAUGAUAAUCUUAUGGAACUAUUCAUUAUGAUCAACGCCUGCAAAAUUGCAUCGGCUUCAAGAGUUACUGCGGUCGUGCCUAGCUUCCCUUAUUCGAGACAAGAUAAGAAAGAAAAAAGUCGAGCACCGAUAACAGCUAAAUUAUUGGCUAACCUCAUAUCUGUCGCUGGUGCCGACCAUGUCAUUACUAUGGAUUUGCAUUCUUCACAAAUACAAGGAUUUUUCAAUAUUCCUGUAGAUAAUCUUUACGCUGAACCAGCUAUUACAAAAUGGAUCAAAGAAAAUAUACCCGAAUGGAAUACCAGCGUAAUGGUGUCCCCUGAUGCAGGUGGAGCGAAAAGGAUGACUGCUAUAGCUGAUAGACUUGACAUUGAUUUUGCGAUAAUACACAAAGAAAGACAGAGAGCUAACGAAGGUGAUUCUACCGUUCUUGUUGGAGACGUGAAGAACAGAACAGCUAUCAUGGUGGAUGACUUAGCAGAUACUUGUGACACAAUAGUUAAGGCUGCAGACAAAUUACGUGAAGCUGGAGCGAAUAAAAUUUAUGCGAUUUUAACUCAUGGUGUGUUUGCUGGUGAUGCUAUUGAGAAGAUAAAUUCGUCUUGCUUGGAAGCUAUUGUAGUUACGAAUACUAUACCUCAGGAGAGACAUAUGAAACUAUGUCCUAAACUCCAAACUAUAGACAUAUCAGUGAUGCUGGCUGAGGCAAUAAGACGUACUCAUUAUGCCGAAUCCGUUUCUUAUUUAUAUACUACUGUUCCCUAUUAAUAUAUUAUUUAAUCAAUAAUUAAGUUUUCUAUUAAUAUCGUCAAAAUAAAUUUUAAUACUUGACUUA